CAGACUUCCUUGGGGAACGGCUUUGUAAAUUGAGGUUUCAUUUAUGAGCGGCCAACAACACCAGUCCGUCAGUCAGCGUCAGCCGCCGAUUCCGAAUCCGAAUGCGACUUCUCCUCCAUCUUCAUCUCGAAACUCCAACUCCAUCUCCAUCGCCAGCUCCGAACACCAACCACUAAACUCCAAACUCCGAACGGCGGCCCAGUGGUCAGCGCGAUUCAGGCGGCGGCUGCAGCCCAAGUUGGCCAUAGAGCUCGGAGUCAGUGCCAGACUAGGUAAUGUUCCCACGAAACAGGUUGUGGGUCCACCUCAGCUCGACGGUCCUGCAACGUCGGAACCCGGGGCAGCGGCUCAAACUGAUGCCGAUGCUGCCGCUGAAGUGUUGCGCCUUCUGGGACAGCAACAGCAACAGCAAAAGUAG